CCUUCUGAAAGAUUGUUGCAAAUUUUGGAGAAUUUGACAAGUGAUCCAAAUAAUAUGGUUUACAUUAUUACUGGAAGAUCUGAAGAGCAAAUGACUGAAUUUGUUGGACAUGUUAAAGGAUUGGGAAUUGCAUGUGAACAUGGGUUCUAUUGCAGACAUCCAAAUCAAAUAGAGUUUACAACAUCUCUUUACAAUAUCGAUCCAGAAUCUUUGGCAUGGAUUGAAAUGGUCAAACCAAUUCUCGAACAUGUGACAAGUAGAACACCUGGAUCAUUCACAGAGGUAAAGAAUUCAUCCCUUGUCUUCCAUUAUAGAAAUGCUGAUCCAGAUUAUGGUGAAUGGAGUGCCAAUGAAUUGAAACUCCACUUGGAAAUGUCAUUCAAUUCACAACCAUUGGAAAUUAUUCGUGGAAGAAAUAAGGUUAUUGAGAUUCGUCCACAAUCUGUCAGUAAGGGUGCCUGUACAAGAAAGCUCAUUGAGAAAGGCGAUUACAGUUUCAUAUUCUGUUGUGGUGAUGAUAAUACAGAUGAAUCCAUGUUUGAAGAAGUGGAAAGACAU